CAUUAUGUCAGUGAUUUAUUCAUUCACAAUUAAGGCUUCUUAAACUGGGCAGCCCCAGUCCCAUACUGGUCUGAAAGGAGUCCUAAACCGGGACCAGGAUGCACCAGCUGUUUAGCCAGGUGCUGGGCCAAAGGGAUCUGUCCAGAGCCGGAGACCUGUUUUCUCUGGAGGACACAGAGAUCGAAGCCUGUCUGUCUCAGGCUCUGGACCAGAUCAAGGCCAUCUCCUGCUCACAGGACUAUUUGACCAAUGACAACGACCAGGCAGUGGUGGAGAUUUGCAUAACACGCAUCACCACGGCCAUAAGGGAGACGGGCUCCAUCGAGCAGCACAGCACGGCGCUGGUGGGGCUCUGGGAGUCGUGUCUCGAACAUAACCUCACCCCGCAAGGUGAAAACACAGAGGACACGCCGCAUACCAAGAUAGCCUCGGACAUCACCAGCUGUAUCCUGCAGAACUACAGCUGUCCCUCCGUCAUGGUGCUGGCCGUCCCGGUAGCGGUGCGGUUCCUGCAGAGGGGGAACAGGGAGCUGAGCAGGAACAUGUCCAGUUAUCUCUCCCUGGCCGCUAUCGCCAAGGCUGAUCUGCUGGCUGAACACACGGAGGCCAUAACGCUCAGUGUGCUGGGAGGUAACCACAUGCUGUUACGAGUGUUGCCCUCGGUCUACCCGAGACAACCAGAUACCAUCCACCGUCACCUAGGCAACCUCACUGCGAUGAUGUCACAGCUGGAGUCCCCAGAGCAACAACACCUCAUCCGACUCAUUCAAAUAGUUGCCGAGCAACAUCCAUUGAUGUUGAGCCCUCAGGUGCCCACACUAGUCAGUUACCUAGGAGACCAAUCCCUAACUGAGGCCCUACUGGGCACGCUCGUGGACGUGUCACAGGCCAGCCCUUCUUCACUGGUCAGCUUUCUGCCAACGCUGAGGAUUGUGGGACAACAAUGCCCUGCUCUCUUGGGUCACGUGGCCAAAAUCCAUGGUGCCGUGGGUAUCAUCAGUGAGACUCAUGCUCACAGCAUGUUGGUCUACCUGGUGUCCUGUCUGGGCAGCAUGGAGCACAGCUUUCACCACACACUGCUGCUGGAGAUCAGAGCUCUUACCGACCGCUACCCGUCUUUACUGGGAGGCUGCGGUAAGGACAUCUACAGGAUGAGCAACUCGUUCACAGCUAUAGCCCGACUGCUGGGGAGACGACUGGAGGAGAGCACGACCAUGCACUGCAGGGUGGACGAGGCAUACCCGGCGUCUCCUUGUGCAUCUCUUCCAGGGGGAGGAGGGGGAGGUAGGGGGUCAGAGCAGCGGCUGCAGGUGAAGAUCCAGGCCUUCGAGGAGAAAAUGGGGGAGGUGAGGGGAGGGGAGGAGGAUGUGGAGGAGGAAGUGGACUCUCCUGCACCCCAGCGACGCUACAGCCUGAGCCAAGCCGUCAGGGAGGAGAGACGAGAAAUGAGAUUCAACAGGUCAAAGAGCCUGGCCCUCCACGCUGCGCGCUCGCGCUCCAUCAACUCAGACACCGAGGACGGUGAUGGCUCUGAGCCAAGCCCAGACAACAUCUUCUGCAACACGUUGGUGAAUUCGCACUCAGACAACCAGGAAGCACCUCCUGUAGAGAGGAAACCGAAGCGUGACGGCUCGAUGCCCAUCACAGCUGCCGUCAAAGAGGCGGGAGAAGGUCAAAGCGGAGAGAAGGAGGUGCAGGAGGACGCUGACAGACUCUUCAUCCAUUUAAGAGACAAUAUGGAGACCAUCAGAGAGUUCUGCAGAAACAUGGUGCAGCAGAUCCCCAUACCAGAGCAGUGUGCAAUAGAAGAUUCAAAUCGAGGAUGUGUGGCCAAGCUGUCGUUCUCCUGUCCUCUUAAGGGCCACUACUGUCUGUACGCCAAGUCCUGCUUCAACCUGACCAGCCGACAGCCUCACCUUUGGAUACACAUCAUGCUGCUACAUCUACAGAGUAAGUCCAGUGUUGCUCUGUGCUCCAAGGAUGAGUGCGUCCAGAGGCUUGCCACCCUUUGGGAGAAGACGCAGCUAAAAGGAGCUCACAGCUUCCCCAUGGCUAUGACACAGAACACCACCCCACACAGGAAGGACCUGGACAGUCUCCAGAUUCAGCUGGAGGAGGUGCGAUUUUUUGACCUUUUCGGCUACAGCGAGGAAGAGGGAGGUUGGCUUUGCUUCAUGUGUAACAAUCCUGAGAAGGCCACAGUUGUGAACCAGGAGGGACAGCCUCUGAUCGAGGGGAAGCUGAAAGAGAAGCAGGUCCGAUGGAAGUUCAUCAAGCGCUGGAAAACCCGUUACUUCACCCUGGCAGGAAACCAGCUACUCUUCCGAAGAGGCAAAUCAAAAGAUGAGCUGGAUGACAUCCCUAUUGAGCUGAGCAAGGUGCAAAGUGUCAAGGUGGUCGCCAAGAAGCGCCGUGAUCGGGGCCUGCCACGGGCCUUUGAGAUCUUCACAGACAGUAAAACAUAUGUGCUGAAAGCUCAGGAUGAGAAACAUGCUGAGGAGUGGCUGCAGUGCAUCAACGUGGCCGUGGCUCAGGCCAGAGAGAGGGAGAACAGAGAGGCUACCACCUACCUGUGAGAGCAACAGCAACACAGUUAACGAUCGAGGGCACAUACAAUACAUACAGAUUCAUACAUGCACAGACAUACAAACACUGAGUAAUUUUUUUGUUUUUGCUUUACACAAAGACAUCCACUGCCAGAACCAUAACUUUGUAUCUGUUAUCGGUGGUAUACUCCAAUAUUCAAAAAACAAUCCAAAAACUUUUUAUGCAGCACUUUUAGAAAAAAAAAGUUAAAUUAACCAGCAAUAAUGUGUAUCCAACCAGAAUGAAGGAUGUCACUGUUCCCCACUGUUACACAUGGACUCACUGAUGCAUUUACAACUGUGAACCAUCAUAAAUUAAUGUUACAGUACAUACGUGUUAGAGUUUAAUGUUGCACAUGAUCUUAACCUGACUGGAUCAUACAGUAUGGACAUUUCGACUGCCUCUGCUUGAGACCAAUAACUACUGCGAGCUUCAACAACCAAACAAAAUCAGCAUCUGUGGAAACUUGGGAUUUCUGAGUUUAAUGACGCAUGAUGAUUGAGAUGUAUUUGAAGCCAGAGUAGUAUGUAGCAAUAAAGACUUCAUAGAAGCACAGACCUCAUUAGGACUUGAAGCAAUAAUUAAGCUG